AAAUGACGUUUGAGUCGUUUGACGUGUCGCGUCCCUAGUUGGUAUAUAACCGCGCCUUGUUUGCGUGAUAUUAUUUCCAAUUAUUGUUAAUCUUAAUACAGAAAUAUGUAAUAAAACCUUAAUUAGUACCGUUCCUUUAGAUUCCGGCAAGAUAUCUUGUGAAAAUGGAUGAAAAAGAAGAGUUGCAUCUAACCUCUCAGGAGUUGCAAGUUUUGUCGGAACUUGACAGUCGGCAGUUUGGUUUCUUGAAGUUACGGGGAACUGAACAUGGCAGGACUCGGGCUUUGGUGCUCAAGGCAGUCAAGUAUCUUGAAGGGAUGCUUGUUCAAGUCAAGGAAGAAGAACGGGCAUGCUCACCUGGAGCCAGACGAGACAUAUGCAUAGAUCCUAAAACUUACUGCAAACUGGGCCACUUUCACCUCCUCCUCGAAGAUUAUGCUAAAGGUUGGAUAUUUUUACUAUAGUAGUUACUACUGCCCCACAUAAAACAAAAAAGCUUGCUGGAUGCAUAGACAGCUGAGUAGGUCACCACGCUAAAUCCUCUGUGCGCGA